AUGAUCAUCACCAAGCAAAACCGACGAGUCAUCUACGAGACCCUUUUCAAGGAAGGUGUUUUAGUCGCUCCUAAAGAUUUCAACAGACCUGCUCAUCCCGAUAUCACUUCUGUUCGAAACCUUGAAGUUGUCAAAGCUAUGCAAUCUUUGACUUCUAAAGGAUACGUCAAGACUCAAUUCUCUUGGCAAUGGUAUUACUACACCCUCACUGAGGAAGGUCUCGCUUACCUCAGAGAGUACUUGAACCUCCCUUCAGAGAUCGUUCCUCAAACUCACAUGAAACCCGCCAGACCUCAAGGUAGACCUUCAGGUUACGGUGGUGACAGACGAGAAGGUGGAAGAGAAGGUGGCGCUUACAGAGCACCAAGAGGUGACAGAGAAUACAGAAGAAGAGAUGAUGGUGGUGAGAAAGAAGGCGCCUCAGGUGACUACCGACCUCGAUUCGGCGGUGUCGGUCGAGGUGCCGGUGCUCCCCCUUCUUAA